ACCGGCCGGCCAGCCAUGGUGUCGGACCAGGAGAUCGCCGGCUGCGUGGAGUCGCUGCUGCGGGGCGCGCUCGAGGCCGGGGAGACCACCGCCUCGCUCGCCGCCGUGCUGCAGCGGGCGCAGGCGCAGCUCGGGGUCGACCUCUCCCACAAGGCGCCCUACAUCCGCGACCAGAUGGACCUCUUCUUCGGCCCACGCCUCCAGCCCCCGCCAACCCCCAAGCCACACCACCAACCCACUCCCCCGCCGCCGCCCCCCGCCGCCUCCUCCCCGUCCCCCUCCACGCUCCUCCAGUCCCAGCCGCCGCUCCCCCAGCUCCAGCAGCAGCAGCCGCAGCUCCAGCUCCCGCUCGACUUCCAGCAGCAGCAGCAGCAGUUCGCCGCCGUGAUGCAGCCGCAGUACAUCUACCAGACCAUGCCGCCGCCGCAGCAGCUCACGCCCGUCCUCUCGCCCGCCGUCUCGGCCACCAACGUCUCCGCGGUCUCCCCGCAGCCGCCCGUCCCGGCCAUGGCCUUCUACCCGCCGCCGCCGCUCGCCUUCCGCUACACCAACGCCCUCGCCGGGGUCGCCGCCGGCGGGACAGUCUCCUUCCAGCAGCCGCCGGGACCCGGGGCUGGGGUUGCCGUCGGGGGCAUGGCUUCCCCCACCGCCGCGCCAGCACCGGCCGGCGCCGACAACAGCAAGGAAACUGGCGCUAAGCGGAAAAGAGGUGGGCCUGGUGGCUUAAACAAAGUUUGUGCUAUUUCACCUGAACUUCAGGCUGUUGUUGGCGAUACUGCCAUGUCAAGAACUCAGAUUGUGAAGCAGUUAUGGGCAUAUAUCAGGCAGAAUAACCUUCAGGAUCCUGAUGAUAAAAGGAAGAUCAUUUGCAAUGAUGAACUUCGGAUCGUUUUUGAAACUGAUGCCACUGACAUGUUUAAGAUGAACAAAUUGUUGGCCAAGCAUAUAACUCCUCUUGACCCAACAAAAGAAGCAAAAAAGUUUAAGGCGCCCAGUCCAGCUCCUCAACAAAUGCCUCCUGUUAAUCAACCCUAUGUGGUUGUUUCUGAUGCACUAGCCAAAUUUAUUGGUGUUCAAGGAACAGUGCCUCAUGACGAUGCCCUUAAGUAUCUUUGGGAUUACAUUAAAGCAAAUCAGCUUGAGGAUGCUCCGAACGCAUCAAUAUUAUGUGAUUCCCAACUUCAAGAGCUGUUCGGCUUGGAGAGCAUUCCUGCUUCAGACUUAUCAGAGUUGCUUUCGCACCACUUCAUCCAAAGGACAUAGCAUAUCCUCAUUAACUGAUCUAGGAUUGCAGCGGUGCCAGAUAGGCCUAACUUUACACAGUAUGGUGUUCUUGACAAAAUGGACAGCGUAGCAUAUGUAUCUAUCUCUCCAGCGUUCUGGAUUAUGGAUUUGCGUCGGAUGAAGACAGAUUAUUUGUGGUAGCCUGCAAGUUGCUAUGUGUAAAAGGCUACUGCCCAGUAUUUGGUGUAACCUCUACUGAAUUGUUAGAUUUUAGUUUCCUAGUGUCAAAAUAUCUUGGCUGACUAUGUAAAAGUUCAGCUUUAUAUUUGAGUGCCAGAUUGAGAUCUUAUUUUCUGAAAAGGGUGUAUGUUUACUGAA